AUCCAUUAUUUAUUCCGAAAGCCCUAUAAAUAAAACAAAAACCAUUCUGCUUUUUCUUCCAAGUAAAGAUCAGAAGUCAGAACCAAAAGCUUCCCAAACAUGGCCUGUAACGGCGCCGUUUCAGGCCUCUGUAUAAACGACAGCCUCGGCGACGACGAGCUUCGGGCCGUGUUAUCUCGGCUCGACGACGACAAAGACAAGGAAGUUUUCGGGCUGGUCUGUAAGCGGUGGCUUUUUAUUCAAAGCACUGAACGGAAGAAACUUUGUGCUCGGGCCGGACCUCAUAUGCUCCGUAAAAUCGCGGCCCGAUUUACUCGCUUGCAUGAACUUGAUCUUUGCCAGUCAGUUUCUAGAUCUUUCUACCCUGGCGUUACGGAUUCUGAUCUUUCCGUUAUUGCUGCUGCUUUCUCUUGCUUAAAAAUCCUCAGUCUUCAAAACUGUAAAGGCAUAACAGACAAUGGAAUCGCAGCAAUCGGGUCCAGUCUCUCUUCUUUACAGUCUUUAGAUGUAUCCUACUGCAGAAAGAUCACAGACAAGGGUCUCUCAGCUGUUGCUGAGGGGUGUCGUGAUUUGAGAACCUUGCAUCUUGCUGGCUGUAGAUUUGUCUCAGACUCAUUACUAAAAGCUCUCUCCAAGAACUGCCAUAGUUUAGAAGAGCUGGGUUUGCGAGGAUGCACCAACAUUACCAACUCGGGUCUCUCUGUUUUGGUCGAAGGUUGCCGAAGAAUAAAGUAUUUAGACAUUAACAAAUGCAGCAACAUUGGUGAUAUUGGGAUAUCUAGCGUGUCCAAAGCUUGUUCAUUGACACUUAAGACAUUGAAGUUGUUAGAUUGCUACAAAGUUAGCGAUGAAUCAAUCUUAUCCUUGGCUAGCUACUGCAAAAAUCUUGAGACACUCGUUAUUGGUGGUUGCCGUAACAUAUCAGACGAGUCCGUGAAGUCACUGGCUGCUGCAUGUAGUAAUAGUCUUAGGAAACUGAGGAUGGAUUGGUGUUUGAACAUUACAGACUCGUCAUUGGACUUUAUCAUUUCCGGAUGCAAAAAGCUUGAGGUUCUUGACAUUGGCUGCUGUGAGGAGGUAACUGAUGCUGCAUUUCAACAAUUAGGAAGCGAAGACUUUAUGCUGGGGAUGAAGAUUUUGAAGGUCAGUAACUGUCCAAAGAUCACUGUUGAUGGAAUUAAGAAGCUUCUGAAGUCAUGUGAGUCUCUUGAAUAUCUAGACGUACGAUCUUGUCCCCUAUUAACUAAAGCAGGGUGUGAGGAGGCUGGACUUGAGUUUCCUGAAUCUUGCAAAGUAAACUUCACUGGGAGCUUAGCUGAGCCAGAUGAGUUACUUUGAGAAGAUUUGACUACAGAAUGCCUUUGCUACACUGUAGAAUGAUUGCUUUCUUACUCCAGGGCCUACAAUAUGACUUUAGAAGCUCCUGAUGUCAGUCCUUUGUUCUCAUUAUUUGUCUUUUGUUAAGCAUGAACUUUUCGUUGUAGAUUAUUUGCCUGCUUUUCAUUUAUUUAAUCCCAAACUCCUGUAUAUCAUCCUUGUAAAUUACUAGUAGCUCCCCAUUGGUUGUUAGUGUUUUCACAUUGUGAAUGAAAUGAAGUCCCAUUGUUUUUCUGAGAAAGAAUGAA